GCGCCGCGACGUUCAACACCCCACUCUCACUGCAGUGUUGAUGUUACUACGGCGGCCGUGUAGUGUUCAAUGACUGCGAACAAUGUGCUGUCUUGGCGCUCUAUUUCUGGCAAUCACACUCCUUAAGGGGACGUGGGGGCUGCGUAACGUGACUCUGCUGAUCAACCCUCCCGUGGUGGAGAGGGGCAAGAACGUGGAGCUGGUGUGUAAGUACGACCUCCAGGGGGCGUCCCUCUACACUAUCAAGUUCUACAGAGGUAAUCACGAGUUCUACCGCUACAAUCCUAUGGAUGUUCCGCCAGUCAAACUUUUCCUGUUUCCUGGGCUUGAUGUUGAUCUGGACUUGUCCCACGACAGUAACGUCGUGAUACAAGGCGCAGACUACAGCCUGGCGGGGAACAUCAGCUGUGAGGUGUCUACUGAUGUGCCGCACAUCACCACUGACAUCGCUACUAACUGUCUCUCAGUAGUCGAGCUGCCUAAGGACCCUCCAUACAUCAGUCCUGAGACAGUGGACAGACAGUACGGGGCCGGAGACAGACUGCGGGCCAAGUGUACCUCAGGGCCGGCCAGGCCCGCGCCCACUCUGGCCUGGUUCAUCAACGACGAGCCGUUGAUGACUCAGUCCACGAGGAACCAGACUGACGGCUCGCUGGAGACUCGCACUAUCACGCUGGACACAAUAGUGUUAUCACGUCACGUGAGCUCCGGUCGGUUAGUCCUCAAGUGCACUGCCUUGCUGGCGGACAUCUACAAGGAGACGGUCAGUAUGGUCCUGCAGUCUCAGCAGCCCUGCGAACCAACUGUGGGGUUACCCACGUCGGAGUUGAAAAUGGAGAGUACGAUCGGAAGCAACGUUUUAGCAUUAAAUUUUAGUGUCGAACUCAAGAAAACGGCCACGGAAACUCUUCAAAUGAUUCAAGAGGCUCUUACGGUGAGGAUGCUCUGUCCAGGAACUCAGGUGUUUCAGUGGCACAAAAAAUUUCCGGGAGGGCCCGCGAUGACGUCCAUGACAAAACAGCGCGUCGGUCCUCCAUAA